UCCAGAGAAGAAUGAACGGCAAUGUUGACUUUUACAGGGAUUGGGAUUCUUACAAACUAGGAUUUGGAAAUAUGAGUGAUGAAUUCUGGCUAGGUAAUACAUACGUACAUCUAUUAACAAACCAAGGCACCUUUACUCUUCGAAUUGAAUUAGAAGAUUUUGACGGAGAUCAUCGUUACGCAGAAUACACCCAAUUCUCAAUAAGCGAUGAAAGUUCUGGAUUCAAGCUGAAAUACAGUAACUAUACAGGAGAUGCAGGAGAUGCGCUUGCGCAUCAUAAUGGACAGAUGUUUUCAACUAAAGAUAAAAACAAAAUGACAUGUUCCCAGGACUAUAAAGGAGCAUGGUGGUACAAUGCUUGUCACAAUAGCAACCUGAAUGGUCAGUAUCUGAGCGGAACACAUGCGUCAUUUGCUGAUGGUGUUAAUUGGAAGCAAUGGAGAGGACAUUACUACUCUCUUAAGUCGACAAGAAUGAUGUUCCGUAGAGCAUAGAAAUCAUUCAUGAGUAACUUACAGUACAGAACAUUGCAUAGGUCAUAACUGCUGCUCAAUCUUUAAAUGACACUCAAUAACAACAAAAAAUCAUUUUGAAAAAUGUAACAGUUCGACUCUGCUAUUUAUCUAUAGAUUUCUUUUCUAUUAAAAUGAUUAAAAUACUA